AUGCUGGAUAUAUGUGACGGAUGAGCGGAGAAGUUCUCAGUGGCGAUAAACCCGAACAAUUCAGAAACCAUGCAUAUGCCUGACUCUUCGAGGAGACAGGCUCUGGUUAUUAACGAAGUGCCUCUUAAGACAAGUAAGAACUUUAGAUAUCUCGGCUACAUCGUCCAGACAAGAAGGAAUGGCACUGGAGGACUCAAUAGCUCGACUGCAAAGACUAGGGCAAGCUGCAUGGCUCAGUUUGACAUGCUUGCCUCCUUAAGAGAUGUUUCUAUUGAAAGGAAGGCAACUAUCCUGAAAGCCUGCCUCACUACCGUUAGUGUUUAUGCAAAGGAAUGUGGCUCAGAAAACAUGCCAAGCAUGUCGAAGUCCAAAUGGGAUCGCAUGGAAAGGAUCCAGAGAAGAAUAGCCAGGUGGCUCCUAGAAGCCCCAAAUGGCACAGCUAAUGAGGCAGCUUUGAUAGAGCUGAGAUGGAUAUCCAUAUGUGGGAGAAUCGCAGUAAGGACCCUUAAUUUUAGACUGAGAUGCCAAAGAAGCAACAACUGACUUACCAAAGCCCUAAUGCUCCUUAACGUUGAAGAAAGUCUUGACUGGCAAAUUAGGUAUUUGGAUCAGCUAAGGGGCUAUUCUAUUGAGGAUUGCCUUUGCAAUCAAAGGAGCAGCGACGACAAGCAAUUGAGGUCAGAGGUCCAGAGCAAGAUCAGGACUACAGAGUAUACCAACAACUUGGGUUCAUAUCGGAGGAAAAGAAGGCAGCCAAGCUAUGCGCCUAUCUGCAGCAAGGCAAUAUGGAGAUGAAAAGACCGUUAUAUAUUCGCAUAA